CAAUCUCAUAUCACCGACACUGGCUUGAAAUUCUAAAUAAAACAUUGCCUUUACAUAAUUAUUCUUUGACAGGUGUCAUAAAAUUAACAAUUUGUAAUAAUGCAAACGUGAUUUACAGCUCGUUUUUAUUAUAAACUUUCCGUGUACAAGUAAAAAUUUUCAGUGAUAAUAAGUAAUAGUGGUUUGUGAGUGUCCCAAUGUCAUCUACUCUGAUUUUCGUUGGUCUGCCCGAGGAUUCGAAGAGCUCUAUAACGAAGGUGCCGAACGCGCCCAAGAGCUGCAUUGCGGAGAUCUUCAACGCGGAUCAGACUGAUGGCAGCCCAGUGAAGAAUGGUGCCGCUAAACCUCGCGUGGUGCGCGACACGCCCACUCGCCCCCGAGACACGCACUCCAGGCUCUUCGGACAGGUGCGUCAAACACAAGGUGUAAACAACCCAGUAUCUCCGAUGGUGACUGACACGAUCCGCAGUCACAUUCAGUUUGGCGACUCUGAGAUGAACGGUUCAAGCCCCACACACUCUCCUUCGAAGAUGGGCAACGGUAGCGCGACCUCUACACCCAGCCGAGCAACGUACGGUCCACCGAGGAGGAAUCCAGUGACAGGCGAUGGAGUAGCCGUGCCGCCGCAGCGCCGCCGCCACCCCGCCGCCAGCCUGCGAGAAGGCAACCCAAUCACCGGUGACGGCUACAAAUCGAUGAACGGCCAGAUCAACACGGUGACGUCAAUAAACGGCAAUAGCCUAAUGGGCAACAGUAACCGCGUGCCGCCCGGUGGCUACUCCUCCGGCCUCUGGUAGACAACACUCACUACUGACGACCCACCUACACCACUCACGCGGCGAAAGACCAGACUAACAGUCGCCGCCCAGCUAUCGGCAUGCGCAAACCGACUUUAUUCUAAAGCCAGUGCUUCAUUCGGGGACACCUCGAAAGUUAAACGAACCUGCGUAGACAACACCCGAGGCUCUAUUUAUUUUAGGCCUCAGAUCGAGGCAGACUGAACCUGUCUUCCUCAAUCUGAGGCACACCUCGAAUGAAGCAACAGCUUUAAAAUACAUUUAACGGUACAUAAUGAAAAAUGCAUUUAGUUCACUUCAUAUUAUUUCUUUAAUCAACUAAAUUUGGGUAGUAUUGGCAAAUUCUAGUAACGCCAUUAAAUUAAUGCACACGUAAAUUGCAACGUCCAUUAAAUCUUGGAAGGGUAUAUGUUGUUAAUUACAUCCUUAGCCUAUCCCAGUAACAGUUUCAUCAUUUGAAUAAUUUAGAAUAGAUUAUAGAUAUUUUUGUAAUAGUAAUAUUCGAUAGUUAUUGUAAAGUUAAUAGAUUCGCGACGUAGAACUUGGAAAUGAUAAUCAGCGAACUGUAGAAUCGCGCGAUCUAACAAUAUCAUUGUCAGUUUCAUUUAUUAUCUCCAAGUUGUGCGUUGAAUUAUCUUAAGAACUUGAAAUUGUACUCUUUCACACUUGUACGAAUAUGUUAACCCAUUGAUAUUGUGAAUUUAGGAGUGAGGAAACGUAUCAGCAAUAUACCAAAACGAUUAGUGCCUUGAUCGAAGACGAGGGAAAUUCUGUAAGAAUUGAUGUACAUUUGUGUAGGCGUAACGUACUAAGCAAGAAGAUUUAUGAUUAUAUAUCUAUAUUUCGCGGUAUAGAAAUAGUAAUCAUGCGGCACUCCAGCUAAUUGAUACAAGUAAAUUAACAUAAACUUUAAUAUUCGACACUGCAUAAGGGUCUUUAAUCUCAUUUGUUGAAUUUCAUUAUCUUAAUAUUUAAAUAGAGGGAUUUAUAAAAUGCAUUUAUUUAAACUUUUUAUACGAGUUUAUUUUAUUUUUUAGUUUAUUUUCUACUCGUUUAGAAAUUAAUGUAAUGACGGAUUUGAAUUUUUGGUAGAUUAUCUGUUAACAUGAUCAGAUGAUCACGUAUGUGUGCAUGAAUUAUGAUGUAUCUAUGCGUAGCGGUGUCCUGUGACGACCUGAUAGAGGUAGCGUAGGCAUAUCAUCUUUGUAAAAACUUUUUAAUAUUAUCUAACAUGAAUUGCAUAAUCACUGGCCUAAUUGUAACAAAUGUUAAUAGAUAAUAACCAUUAUUUCAAAAUAAAGUUUUUUUAUUAAU